UUAGUUUUAAAUAGUAUUUUCCAUAAUAUUCUUACAUUUAUAGAAUUAAUUUCCUUUUGAAAAAGUAUUUUGGUUUAAAGGGGAUGAAAAGAACCACCCCAAAAGAAGGUUAAGUGCCCUAUAUAUUUGUUGCCUAAAUCCUUGAUUGACCCUGUGGAUUCUCUAUGUUAUGUGUAUGGAAGUAGUUUUUAAAAUAUUUAAUUUAAUUUUUAUUUUCUGGUAGAACCUAAUAUAUGCUAAAAACAGGACAGUUAAGCUUCAGAUAAGGUUUGAUUACCCAUAACUUGGGAAACUAACUUGGAAUAAAAUAUAUUCUUGAAAAAAGAUAAUGGCUUCACUAAAAAACUAAAUGUGUUGGGAUGAGCCUGCACUACACAGAAAUGACCUGGGAGAACUGCACGAUGCACUGUCACCACAGUCUUAGUGCUGCCACGACAGUGAUGGAUUGAAGCAUUUUGCUUAAAAAACUCCAGGUACUGGAAUUUGUUUAGUUUGUUUUGGGGGCUAACCAGUAUGUGGCAAUAUUGAUUACUCUAAAUCAAUUUUAUGUCAUGUGCUUCUGUCUCUAAAGCUAAAUUUUAUAAAACUAAGUAUUAUUCAUACUGUUAAGCAAAAAGUAAAAUUUGUAGUGUUACAACAUUCAAGUAAUCUACAGUGUUUUCUAACAUCUGCUAAGACAUUGAAUUAUUUUGAGCAUUAUGUGUAUCUUCCAGGUGUAGUAACAAUUACUUCUAUAGGAAAAGGAUUUAACAGGCAUUUUCUUGUAAAUCUAGAUAUGGACAACUAUUGAAAAUUUUCUGACGUGUUUGAUGUUCAUUUCCCUUAGAAUGUGUUACUUUGCUGAAACCAGAUUCAAAGGCUAGGUUGAUUGAUCCCCUGCAAGAUACACUUGAAGGUUAAGUAACUACAGAUCUCAUCUAAUCCCGUGUAAUCUGCUGUUACUAAAUGGCCGUUUGUAUUCUUGGCACACCAGUUUCUGAAUGCUUAGGAUUUGGUUUUUACCUUUUGUCCAAAUAACGUCUAAAAGGAACCAUGCGUCUCUUUGCAAGUCUGUGCAUUGCGCUUGGCUUUUUGGAAAGAGUGAGCUGUUCGUGUCCUUCACAGUGCACCUGUGAUUAUCAUGGCAGAAAUGACGGCAUGAGAUCAAGGUCUGUGCUAUGUAGUGACCUGGAUAUGAAUGAGGUACCUACAAACUUCCCCGUGGACACUGUGAAGCUUCGCAUAGAGAAGACCGUUGUCCAUAGGAUCCCCGCGGAGGCCUUCUACUACCUGGUGGAGCUCCAGUACCUCUGGUUGACCUAUAAUUCUGUGGCCAGCCUUGACACCAGCAGCUUUUACAACCUAAAGCAGCUGCAUGAGUUGCGCUUGGAUGGAAAUUCUCUGGCUGCUUUCCCUUGGACAUCUCUGAGGGACAUGCCUCGUCUGAGGACCCUGGAUUUGCACAAUAACAGAAUAACCAGUGUGCCAAACGAGGCGGUCACGUAUCUGAAGAACCUUGCCUACUUGGAUUUAUCAAGCAACAGAUUAACCACACUGCCGCCAGAUUUCCUGGACAGCUGGUCCCACUUAGUUACAGCAUCAUCCAGAAGCCUGGACCUUUCAGCAAGAAGAAUUAUUCUUGGCCUGCAGGACAACCCAUGGUUCUGUGACUGUCACAUUUCCAAAAUAAUGGCAUUGUCAAAAGUUGCUGACCCUGUGGUAGUACUUCUCGACCCACUGAUGGUUUGUAGUGAACCGGAACGCCUCACAGGGAUUUCGUUUCAGCGGGCUGAGCUGGAGCAGUGUCUGAAGCCAUCAGUGAUGACCUCGGCCACCCAGAUCACAUCUGCUCUGGGCAGUAAUGUUCUGCUGCGGUGUGAUACCACUGGCUACCCUACCCCGCAGCUCACCUGGACCAGACCAGACAGCUCGCCAGUUAAUUAUACAGUAAUUCAGGAAUCUCCAGGGGAGGGAGUCAGAUGGUCCAUAAUAAGCUUGACAGGCAUUUCUUACAUGGAUGCUGGGGAUUACAAAUGUAAGGCCAAAAAUUUGGCUGGGAUGUCAGAAGCUGUGGUUACUGUGACAGUGGUUGGUGUUGUCAUGACCACCGUAUCAUCAGAAACUUCUGAAAGAAGAACUGGGGAUCACCCUGAGCAAGAGGUCCAGCUGGGAUCUAGAACAUCUGCAACUCUACCUGGUUCAUCAUCGUCUCCCUGGCCUUAUUCCUCCUCUUCUUCCUUCCCAGCUUCUUCCACUUUUCUUCCUACUUCUACUUCAUCGCCUCCCUCCACUGCUUCCUUCUCCUUAUCUCCUUUCUUCUCCUCCGUUGUUUCUUCAGCCACAACUCCAAGCACUAGAAUAUCUACAAGCACUACCAUGGCCAGCCGUCAGUCACUCCACCCAGAUGGGAAAAGAAAUGUCAAGGUGGAGAUGGGUAGCGGUAAGCUUCCCCCAGCUAGUGCAAGUAAAAGAGAAGAGUUGGCAUUGUUGGAUCAAGCCCUGCCGAUGGAAACGAAUGCCACAAUAGAAAAUCUCCAGGUAGUCAGCGAAACUGAAGAAAGCGUGAUCUUGAUGUGGAACACCAUUAACACCACGCAGAAUUUGGAAGUGACUGUGUUGUAUUCCAAGUAUGGUGAGAAGGACCUGCUACUGCUUAAUGCAGACUCCAGCAAGAACCAAGUCACCAUAAGUGGCUUGUUGCCUGGUUGGCAAUAUAUAGCAUGUGUCUGUCCAAAAGGAAUGCCUCCCCAGAAAGACCAAUGUAUCACCUUUUCUACUGACAGAGUUGAAGAAGAAGGUGAUUCUCAAGGGUCUUUCCUUAUGGUGGUGAGUGGUGCUGCCUGUGUUGUUGUCUUGCCAUUGAUUUUUUUCCUGUUGUACAAAGUUUGCAAACUUCAGUGUAAGUCAGACUCCCUCUGGGAAGAUGAUUUGGCGAAAGAGACUUAUAUCCAAUUUGAAACGCUGUCCCCCAGGUCUCAAAGUGUAGGGGAACUUUGGACGCGAAGGCCCAGAGACGAUUCAGAAAAAUUGCUGCUUUGCUCUAAGUCAAGUGUGGAAUCUCAUGACUUUUAAAAGCGAGGGUUCUAGAGCAGAGUAUUAUUGCUAAGGUUUUACAGCUCAGGCAAAUGUGAGCUCCACAAAAUUUCUUUCACAAAAUUAAGGAUCUAAGGGUAUAUAGUUGCCCCUCUGUUUGGAUGACUUUUGGACACUUUCAUAUCUUUCAUGAAAAUCACAAAUGGAGUGCUUUUAAGUGUGCUUUAAAAAAGUCACGAGACUUCUGAACUGAAAAGACAAAUAAUUUUGAUUUUUGUUGUGGAGAAAAUGUCCACAGAAAUAAUUUUCAAGGUAGGCUAAGUAAGUUAAUAAUAUAUUUUAGGAUAAUGUUUUAGUUCUUAAAAAUAAAUUCAUGUGAAAAUAGUCAUAAAAAGUAAACUCUGAAUUUUAAAAAGAUAGUUUUUUGGGCAGUAAAGAAAGUGUAGUAUAAUGAGCUAAGCCUUGAUGUUCACUCUUGUUCAUAGUGCUUUAUGGCAUUUGCUGUGCACAUUUGCUGCCAUUGCCUUGUAGGUGAGAGUGGAAUAGUACAGAAGUUUGCAUUCACUAAGGUUAAAUGCAACCCCAAGGACAGGGAGAGCUCUAGCUCUUGGUACCAUUAUGCAUUGCAACACAGUAUAGUGGUAUUUAUAUUGCAAGGAAGAAAACAUUUUUCCUUAGAAAUAUAGGUACUAGCAAAAAUAAGUUUAAAAAGAGGAUCAUGGAAUAGUAAGGCCAUUUUGAAGAUAGUAACUGUUGCAUUCUAAUACACCUGCUAACAGACUGUAUGGGGUCUUUUUAAAAAAUGUGCUCAUUUUAGAACAAUCUCUUUAAUAUUUUGUUAUGUACUCUUCUUUUCCCCUUCCCUCUUUUCUUCUCUCCCUCCCUCCCCUUCUUUUUUUUCCUUCUGCUUUGUCAGAAGAUAUUCAGGUAGCCAAAGGACCACAGCUAAAGUGUUUGUCUUUUGCCAUGUUAUAUUUUGAUUACCUGGAUAGAGGGAAGAACUUUGAAAGGCUUUUAGAUCCCAAAAGGAUGUUUUAGGAUUUUGAAAGAGCAAAUUCAGUGGAUUUAUUUAGUCAAACUCUACGUUAAAAACAUCAGGGAAAUUGAAUUGGAGUGGGUCACGUGAUUAGAUAGGAAAGGGGCUUCAUAAAUAAAAUUUAGCUUUUUAAAAGAAGUUUUUUUCCACCAUAUUUACUAAAGAUUAUAUUCCCUUUACAUUGAAGAUUUUGGAGUGUAGAACAGAUUUAUACAGGUGUGUCAGGAGUCCUGAAAUAUGCUGAGAAGCAAGUUCUAUAUUUUAUAUAAGAAACAAAUUGGCUUUAAUUUGUUUGUACCACAUUGUGGAAAUUAUAACACAAGCAGCUGGAGAAUGAAAAACUGCUCAUUCCAAAUGGAUUUUAAUUAAAAGAAAAAGAGAAUUCUAGUUUAGCCAUAAUCUGCAUAUUAGAAGAAGACAAGCAUGGAGGGAUGGCCUGCUCAGAACUCCCAAACUUCCCCUUCUUGUCUCCUUUCCUUUCCUUUCCAGCCUCUUUGUCCUUGGUGCUUUUAUCACUAUGUGCAUUGUCUAAUGAUCUAACAAGUUUUUAAUUCAGUAUUCAUUGUUAGGAUUUUUUGUUUGAA